UGUAGGUAACACAUUCAUUCAUGCAUAACACAGACUUGAUACUCACUUGUUAAUAAUUGUUAUUCAUCCUGUGAUCUAGUAUAUUAUCACUGCAUUUACUCAGAUUACAGUCUUAAUAUUUAAAAUCACUGCAUGAAUUUAUUAUUAUUAUUAUUAUUAUUAUUAUUAUUAUUAUUAUUAUUUAUUUUACUAAUAAGCUUGUUGUUUUGUAAAUAAUAGAUUUAAAAUCAGUUUUAUUAAUUUUAAUAUUUUAAUUUCACAAGGCGGAAAUAAUGCAAUAAUAAUGUACUCUUCACACAAAGAGCUUUCAACAUCACCUUCAACCAUGUCCCGGGUAAUAUAUCAAGGAAAGACUUGUAGAUUUGUCUUUGGAGAGGACGCCCUGACUAUCAGAGAAGACAAUGAAAGAGCCGAGUGUCUCCUAUCCGUCUUGUAUGAAGAUGUAAUUGGUCUAGAAGUUCCCCUUGCUCUUGAUGGCCAUGCUUGUUAUACAGAGCUUCAUAUUUAUCAGAAGAGGGAUCCCUCGGCUCUUGUCAGUGAUCGCUUAUAUCUUAGAGAAGUCCUGGAGUUUUCAGAAUUCGAAAAUUUUAACACCAACCACAGAGCAGCUAUGGAGUGGAGAGCUGCUAUCCAACUGCAGAGGAUGAGAAGGAGCAAGAAAAUAUUUAUUAACACUCCAGAGCAAAUUGAAAAACUAGAGCCACUUCGCCUUCUUGUCAUCAUAAACCCGUUCUCUGGUAAGAAGAACAGCGAGCACUUGUAUCGCGGUAUUGCUCUACCAAUGCUUGAGGUAGGGGGUGCCACCAUUGUAAAGGAACUUGUAACAGAAAGACAAGGGCAUGCCAGGGAAUUUGUGGAAGCCUUUGACUUGUCAUCUAUCACAGGAAUUAUAUUGGCUUCUGGUGAUGGUAUUAUAUACGAGGUUAUAAAUGGACUAAUGGCCAGGCCUGACUGGGAAAUAGCUAUAAAGACUCCAAUUGGACUGAUACCGACUGGAUCAGGGAACGCACUAGUGUCAUCACUGCUUUAUGAAGCCGAUGAAGAGGUACACACGUGUGCUAUAGAGAAUGCAGUCUUCCAGAUUAUCAAUGGAGGCAUAAAGCAACAUGAUAUUGCCUCGGUUUGUAACAGCUCCUCCCACUCAUAUAUAGGAGUUGUUAUUCACUGGGGAAUGACCGGAAUAGUGGACGUUGAGUCUGAGAAACUAAGGUUUUUAGGAGGCAAAUUACGUAAUUUAAUAGGAGGGCUGGUUUGCAUCGUAAUGAAGAGGUCGUACUAUGGUCAGUUAAGCUAUUUGCCUAUUGAAGAAGAUGAAACUAAGUCACCAUUAACUGAAGCUGAAGGCAGCAUACAUUCUACUAAUACUCUCAAACCAACAACAGAUGUUGGUGUUUCUGAUCCAAUACCCGAGCACUGGAAAACCAUCGAAGGGAACUUUGUCAUUUUUAUGGCUCUCACAUCAUCGCACGUAACAGAGAACGAUAUGAUGUGUGCGGAGACAAAAACCGGCUCUGGAAAGUUUAAAAUCCUUUAUACUUUUGAUGACGUUACAAGAGGCCAACUGCUAGCAAAGUUGUCCGAAAGUACCGGUGCAGUCAAGAUAGAGAAUUUUCACGAGAUUCAUACAAGAGCAUUUCGUCUUAAUCCGAUAUCUCCGUGCAUCAUAACCGUCGAUGGGGAACAGAUAGACUAUGGUCCUAUACAAGUACAGAUGCAUCCUGGAAUGAUGAGACUUUACUCGCGCGUCAGGUGUGAGUAGCAGCAAAAUACUAUAUGUAUACAUGCAUGCACAUUCACAUUUCUAAUCAUUGUAUCAUUUAUUGUAAUUAUUUUUGCUGAUCAAACUUGCAUAGUAUAAAUUAUUCAUUCUUCAUGCCACCUUGUAAACUUAAUUUGUUAUUUUUCUAUGUAUAUUAUCUGAUUUUUUGUAAUAUUCUUUCAUCACUAUUCAUUAAACUGAAAA